AUGUCUUUUUUUGGUUCUGGUCAGAAACCAGCUACAGGAGCUACUAGUUCUCUUUUUGGUACUUCAUCAACACCAACUACGGGUUCUUUAUUUGGUAGUUCUACAUCAAAUGUUACAGGAGGAUCAUUAUUUGGAAGUCCAGCACCAGCUACAGGUUCUUUAUUUGGAAGUGCAACACCAACAGCAAAUAGUGGAUCUUUAUUUGGAACUCCAGCUGCUAAAACUGGUACUUCAUUAUUUGGAACUCCACCAGUUGCAAAUAGUGGUGGGUCAUUGUUUGGAAGUACUUCUACCCCUGCUUCUGGAACUUCUUUAUUUGGAUCAGCAGGUACAACAUCAACUGGUGGAGGUUCUUUAUUUGGAAGUGCUACAACAACAUCUACUGCUGGAGGUUCCUUAUUUGGAAGUGCUACAACAACAUCUACCGCUGGUAGUUCUUUAUUUGGAAGUACAGCAACAGCAUCUACAGCUGGAAGUUCUUUAUUCGGUAGUGCUACAACAACAUCUACCGCUGGUAGUUCUUUAUUUGGUAGUACUACAGUAACGCCAGCCGCAGGAAGUUCUUUAUUUGGAACAACUACAGGAACACCUGCUACUGGAGGUUCUUUAUUUGGUUCUACACCAGGUACUGGUGGUUCUCUUUUUGGUGCAUCUAAUACAACAAGUACAGGAACACUUUUUGGAUCAUCAGCAAAGCCGGCAAGUGGUAGUUUAUUUGGAUCAACUGGUAAUACAUCACUUUUUGGAACAACUCCUGGAACGACGAAUAGUUUAUUCAGUGGUUCUACUGCUGUUUUACCAACAACAGAUACAAAAGUAGAAAGACCAAAAGAUGAAAAUCCACUUGAGGGAGAGGUACCAAAACCUUUGGUAGAUCAAUUUGAAAUGUUAUCUAAGAAAUUAAAAGAGAAUCAAAAUCUCAUUACAGAGUAUUCUUUAAAUUCAGCCGAAAAAUGUCUUCAAAUUGAUGGAAAACUUGAAUCGCUAAGAAUAAUGAUGGAUGAAGAGAGAAAAAAUGUAGGAGAGUUUAAAAACAAAUUUACAACAUUAAAAGAAUCAAGUCAUAAAGAUUAUCUUAUGGCAGAAAUGGUUCACAAAUUACAAGCAUCAUUAGACAAUGGUACUACAUCUGGUGCGCAAGAAUGUAGAAAUUAUAUAAUGUCUUUGGUAAAUGAAUAUAGUCAAUGUAUUCAUAAGUACAAUGAAAGAAUAGAUGAAAUUUAUCGUUUGAUAGAAGAUGAAUUAAGUAAUAACAAAGAAAGGAGGAUUACAGAAGAUGAGUUGUAUGAGAAUCUUAAUAAAUUUGAUCAACAUAUGAAGUCACUGGCAUUUCAAAUAUCACAAAUGGAAGAUGAUAUGCAAUCUAUAAAGAUACUUUUUAUGGAUAAUCAGAAACAAAAGUAUGGUAGAUUUGUCCAAAAUCCUUUUGAUUUUUAA